GUUAAAACACUUUCUCUUCUGCAGUAUAAAUGCGUUUUUAAAUUAGACUAUUUUAAUAUUUUUAUUCUCAAUUUUUGCACGUGAAAUGUAUAAAUAUUCUCCGGUAUAAUGUGCCAGGUUCAAGUUUACAAUCUUCUUUUAUUGUUUGUAUUUUUGCCCAGACUUAGAAGGAGAACUAAAACGUUUGCCCUCCUGAUCAGAAGGGGGCAGCACCUCCUAGUCCAUUACCCUGUGCGCUGCUCGGUCUCAUGUCCGUGUUUACAAGUGAAGCGUGACGUUAACGGGACCCGCUCCACUACGUCCCCGAGCUCCUUUCAUUUCCCCGUCAAAAAUGUCCAUAAUGCUGUCUCUCAAAGCUUUCCUCAACGACAGGUUGGCGGCAGCGGCCGAGGACAUUUUCUGCGCGGUAGAAAAGACAAUAACCGAGUACAAAGAGGAGAUUUUUCGCUCCAAAGACCUGGAAAUCAAUCGUCUCCGGAUGCAGCUGACGCUUCUGAAGACGGGGCUUUGUGUUUUUCUCCUUUCAGAUCCAGGGACAGACAAUUGUCUUCCAUCUCAGCACCAUCCAUCACUCGAGUCCCAUCACUUUGAUGAGGAGGAGGAGGACGGGGGCAGCAGCAGCACCAUGGAGCAGGAGCAUGCAGAGCCCUCAGAGAUCAAGAAGGAGCAGCAGAAGAGCCACAGAGAUUUCUGGACCAGUCACGAUGAAGAGCAGCUGGAGGGCCUGGAUUCAGACAUUAAGGACUUCAUCUCUGCCUCGUCCAGUUUAAAGACGGGCCUGCAGGAGCCCUCGUUGACCUUUCACCCCUACCACAACGACGGCAACAGCGACGAGAGCAGGGACAAGCCCUACAGCUGCUCGAUGUGCGAGAAGACCUUCACUAAUAAUUCCAACCUGACGGCUCACAUCAGGACACACACGGGCGAGAGGCCGUACAGGUGUGAGAUCUGCAGGAAGACCUUCAUCACCACCAGUGCCCUCAACAGACACCAGACCAUCCACACUGAGGGAAAACACUUUAUCUGCAAUUUCUGUGGUAAAUCCUUUAAAUGGAUGGAUUCUCUGACCAGACAUGUCAGGAGUGUCCACAAGAGGGACCAUGUCCCUGUAGGACCGUCCAGCGUGACGUUAACGGGACCCGCUCCACUACGUCCCCGAGCUCCUUUCAUUUCCCCGUCAAAAAUGUCCAUAAUGCUGUCUCUCAAAGCUUUCCUCAACGACAGGUUGGCGGCAGCGGCCGAGGACAUUUUCUGCGCGGUAGAAAAGACAAUAACCGAGUACAAAGAGGAGAUUUUUCGCUCCAAAGACCUGGAAAUCAAUCGUCUCCGGAUGCAGCUGACGCUUCUGAAGACGGGGCUUUGUGUUUUUCUCCCUUUAGAACCGGGGACAGACAAUUGUCUUCCAUCUCAGCUGCAGCCCAGCCAUCAUCACCAUGCUCCUCCUCCUCCUCGACAGCACCAUCCAUCACUCGAGACUUCAGAGUCCCAUCACUUUGAUGAGGAGGAGGAGGACGGGGGCAGCAGCAGCACCAUGGAGCAGGAGCAUGCAGAGCCCUCAGAGAUCAAGAAGGAGCAGCAGAAGAGCCACAGAGAUUUCUGGACCAGUCACGAUGAAGAGCAGCUGGAGGGCCUGGAUUCAGACAUUAAGGACUUCAUCUCUGCCUCGUCCAGUUUAAAGACGGGCCUGCAGGAGCCCUCAUUGACCUUUCACCCCUACCACAACAACGGCAACAGCGACGAGAGCAGGGACAAGCCCUACAGCUGCUCGGUGUGCGAGAAGCGUUUCAGCAACUGUUCUCACCUGACGGCUCACAUCAGGACACACACGGGCGAGAGGCCGUACAGGUGUGAGAUCUGCAGGAAGACCUUCAUCACCACCAGUGCCCUCAACAGACACCAGACCAUCCACACUGAGGGAAAACACUUUAUCUGCAAUUUCUGUGGUAAAUCCUUUAAAUGGAUGGAGUCCCUGGGCAGACAUGUCAGGAGUGUCCACAAGAGGGACCAUGUCCCUGUAGGACCGUCCUGACCAGCACAGUGAAACUUCACCUUAGCUGCUGUUGUUGUUGUUGUUGUCGUUUCAUGGUUUCUUUCCUAUAGUUUUAAUAUAAAACGUCCAGCAGCUGCAGACAAAGAAUGUACCGUCUGUUUUCAUGUUCAUGUUUUUCUGGUAAAUGUGCAGCAACCUUAACAAACCUCAGGUCACUCUGAUUGGCUAGUGACAAUUUAAAAAAAAAAAAAGAAAACC